AACUCGCAAGUUACAUACAGUGGAUUUUUUUGCAAAAUACAAUAGCAUAGAUAUUGUAUUCAUUGUCUUUCAGACACGAAAAAGGAAAGCGACGCUACUAUUGUCACAACAGACCGCCCUAGUUGGAUUUUUGUACAGAAAAAGAUUUAAAGAUCGUCAGCAUGAACCCUCAACAGCGGAUUGCCGCUAUUGGAACAGAUAAGGAGUUGAGCGACCUUCUGGAUUUUAGCGCGAUGUUUUCUCCACCUGUAAGCAGUGGAAAAAACAGACCAACCACCCUUGGAAGCAGCCAGUUUACUGCAUCAGGUCUGGAUGAGAGGUCGAGCCAAGCAUCCUGGGCCCCAGGUGGUCAAUCCAGCCCCUCCUACGAGUCCUCUAGGGCUUUCACAGACAGUCCUCAUUACGGAGAUCAUUUGAGUGACAGUCGAUUAGUAUCCCAUGAGGGAUUGUCCCCGACACCUUUCAUGAGCUCCAACAUAAUGGGAAAAUCGGAGAGGUCUCCAUUUUCUGCUUACGGGAGAGAACCAGGUGUCUCUGGAUGCCAGGCCAAUCUCCGCUCGGACAUCGGCCUGGCGAGUCCGGGAGCCGUGACCACGUCCGGAAAAACGCCCACUCCCUUCUACUCUUUCACUGGAUCCAACCCGAGGAGACGGUCCCUCCAAGACUCGACGCCACUGGAUCCUCUACAAACAAAGAAAGUACGUAAGGUCCCUCCUGGCCUGCCAUCAUCUGUGUACGCGCCGUCUCCAAACUCAGAUGAUUUCAACAGAGAUUCUCCCUCCUAUCCGUCGCCCAAACCACCCAGCAGCAUGUUCGCAAGCACUUUCUUCGAUGGGACCCACGGUUCCUCAGACCCCUGGAACUCGUCCAAUGGGAUCAGCCAGCCCGGCUACGGCGGAAUGCUGGGAGGAUCAUCAUCUCAUAUGUCACAGUCCGGAAACUAUAGCAACCUGCACUCACAUGACCGUCUGAACUACCCGCCUCACUCCGUCUCUCCGACAGACAUGAAUCCCAGUCUUCCUCCCAUGUCCAGCUUCCACCGCAGCAAUGCCAGCACUUCUCCCUUCGUUACAGCCUCCCACACUCCGCCCGUCAACACCACCGAAGCCGCAAUGGCUGCUGCCAACCGGGGGAACCCGACUGGAAGUUCACAGACUGGUGAUGCUCUGGGCAAAGCCCUUGCUUCGAUUUAUUCUCCUGACCACACCAGCAGUAGUUUUCCCUCGAACCCUUCCACCCCCGUGGGCUCUCCGUCCCCCCUGGCUGCCACGGCUGGGGCCUCGGCUCCCGCAGGUACAGUGGUGACGGCCAGCGGCCCCUCAGGAAGGGCAGGCGCGACCCAGUGGCCCCGCACAGCCGGACAGACCCCAUCCUCUCCCAACUAUGAGAACUCCCUCCAGUCACUGUCUCGGAUGGAGGAUCGACUGGACAGACUGGACGAUGCGAUACACGUCCUUAGGAACCAUGCAGUGGGCUCCACCUCCAGUCUACCCAGCGACAUACACAGCCUGUUGGGUCAAGCACAGAAUGGGCCAAUCGCAUCCAUUGGCACAACUUUCCCCGCCUCAGGAUUGGUUGCUAGUCGGACUGCCUCUAUGGGGGCUGCCCACCGUGACGAUGCUGUCAGCCUAAACAGUAAUCAUGCUGGGCUCCAGCCCAGCUCUGGGCCCACAUCCAGUACUGAGAUCAACCACCAGUCAGACACCUUUAGAGGGCUUGCUGGAAAUCUGUCUGGUCAGGUGGCCAGUACCCUGGAACUGAAGAUCGAGAAUCAGGAGAAAGAUGACAUGCACGAUAACCACUCCUCCAACGACAUCAAGUCAGACGAUGAGAGCGACAAAAGGGAUAUCAAGACACCCAGAGGAGGCACUCGAACAAGCAGCAUUAAUGAAGACGAGGACCUGAAUCCGGAACAGAAAGCGGAGCGCGAGCGCGAGAGGAGGAUGGCCAACAACGCCAGGGAGCGGCUUCGGGUUCGAGACAUCAACGAGGCCUUCAAGGAGCUGGGCCGUAUGUGUCAGCUUCACCUGAAGAGUGAGAAACCCCAGACCAAACUUCUCAUCCUCCACCAGGCUGUGGCUGUCAUCCUCAGCCUAGAGCAGCAAGUCAGAGAGAGGAAUCUGAACCCAAAAGCAGCUUGCCUUAAAAGGAGAGAGGAGGAGAAGGUGUCUGGUGUUUCUGGAGAUCCCCAGCAGGUCCACCCGCCAGUUCACCCCGGCCUCACCGACACAUCCAACCCCAUGGGUCACCUCUGAGUUCUGGCCAGAUCAAAGAGAUCCUGAUCAAGUAUGUAAGAUAGCGUUGGUGACCUUGCUUUCCAAGGGCAGACAGGACUCACAGUUUGUGACACAAAUUUGAUGAGACAGACCACUUGAAGCAAAAUUCCACGUCGAAGCAAUCCAGCGAUAGACUAAAAAAGAAAGAAACAAACAAACAAACAAACAAACAAAAAAAAAAAACGGCUGGGGGCCCAGGUCCCCAUGAAGACAUCCAACAUUGAUCAGCAAAAUUUCUGCCCUUCUAAGAAAACUUGAGCACAUAUCAGUGUCUGCAAGCAACAGGUGGCAUCUGAACAAUCACAGACUGUGGCGAUUCCCCUCCACCCUCCUCGUGGAAGUUGCCUUGUGCCUAAAACUGAAUUGACGAAUGCAUUGUAACAGCAAUUGUUUUUUUUGUUUUUUUUCCUGUUGUUUUUUUGGUUGUUGUUGUUGUUUUGUUUUGUUUUGUUUGUUUUUUUUUCUAUUUAUUAUGUUACUGAGCUCUAAAGUCUAUGUUUAAAGGGAAAGUUGUGACAUUGCUUUGAGAUGCUGGUGGCGUUUCAGUGGAUCUACAGUUUGCCAGGGCCUGAGUGGUUACAUAGUCCUCACUCUAAUCCUCUCGGUCGGCCUAACUGCCCAGCUCAGUCACUGAACCACACAGAUACCUACUCGCUCUGAUCAACGUCAGCAGUCAGUCAGUCAGUGCUCUCAAACGUACACUCACAUGAUGAUCAAAGACUCAAGAAUCCCAUUGGUUUUUUUUGUUUGUUUGUUUUUG